UUUCGUCCUACUGCCAGCGCCUCCCGCAGCCAACAUGGCGGCUCUACGUGUGUCCUGCGGCGCAGCUGCUUCGUACCGGCUCUUUCUUGGGGGUAGGGUUAGCUCUGCUCGGGGACAGGGCCUCUGGAAAGCCGCGGCUGCUAAGCUGCAGAGAAGUCCCGGAUGCCAGAUAUUAAGGUUAAGACACACCACAGUUGUAACAACAAGGAAAAAUGUUGCGGCCUUAAGACGUGAAACUUACACAGUGGAUUUUAUUAAAAAGCAGAUUGAAGAAUUCAACAUAGGAAAGAGACACUUGGCCAACAUGAUGGGAGAAGAUCCAGAAACUUUUACCCAAGAGGAUAUUGAUAGAGCGAUUGCUUACCUUUUUCCCAGUGGUUUGUUUGAGAAGCGAGCCCGGCCAAUAAUGAAGCAUCCUGAAGAGAUUUUUCCUAAACAAAGAGCAAUCCAGUGGGGAGAAGAUGGCCGCCCAUUUCAUUUUCUCUUUUAUACUGGCAGACAGUCAUAUUAUUCAUUAAUGCACGAAGCAUAUGGAAAGCUACUAGAUGUAGAAAACCGUCAAGACCAGCUGCGAGCCAAAGGUCUGUUUUCAGAAAAAACUAAAGCCAGAGACCCGAUUGGCAGCAGAUGGCUGAUUAAGGAGGAACUGGAAGAAAUGCUAGUGGAAAAACUGUCAGAUCAAGAUUACGCACAGUUCAUUCGGCUGCUGGAAAGGUUAUCGGCGUUGCCGUGUGACGCGGCUGAAGAAGAAUUUGUGGGCAGGUUCCGCAGGAGUGUAACCAUUCAAUCGAAAAAACAGCUGAUUGAGCCUUUGCAGUAUGAUGAGAAGGGUAUGGCCUUCAGCACAGGCCAAGGUAACAGAAAGACUGCAAAGGCAAAAGUGGCUGUUUAUGACCAUGGAAGUGGGAGGAUAGAAGUAAAUGGGGUCGACUACCUGCUCUACUUUCCGGUGACUCAGGACAGAGAACAGCUGAUGUUCCCUUUCCACUUCCUCGACCGGCUUGGAGAACACGACGUGACCUGCACGGUGUCGGGGGGCGGGCGGGCGGCGCAGGCGGGGGCCAUCCGCUUGGCGACGGCGAGAGCCUUGUGCAGCUUUGUCACCGAGGACGAGGUCGAGUGGAUGCGCCAAGCGGGACUGCUUACUGCCGAUCCCCGUGUCAGAGAGCGGAAGAAGCCGGGCCAGGAGGGAGCCCGCAGGAAGUUCACCUGGAAGAAGCGCUGAGUGUCUGGGCGGGAAAGGAGGGGGCGCUGUGCGCCUGGCACGCGGCGGACGCGCAGGAGGCAGGCGCUGGCAGGGUGAAGCAGCACCGUCACACCUUGGAGUUGGGAGCUGAUUUGUGCUAAAUGCAAUGUCGUAAAGGUUACCUUCUCAAAAUCAUUAUUUAAAACUGUUUAGCUUUGUUCUGCUGCUUUACUUUUAAAACUUUUUCAGAAGAGAGCUUUAGAAGCAUAACUCAGAAUCUUGGCACAUUCGACAUGAAAGGAGCAUUCAGCAAAAUCCAAUCAAGAGACUGCCUUUUGCGGACGGAAAGGCCCAGCCCCACACAUCUGACCCAGCAGAGCCGCACUGCUAACUUAAUGACAGGACGGACUUGGACUCACUCGUUUUCCCAGAGAGCAGUUGUUACAGCAUAUCUUUCAAAACUGAGGGAUGAGAGUCCUUGUUGAGAAGAGUGAAGCCCGUGGAGCGUCUUUGUCAGGAGCCCAGCUGAGUCUCUGCGGAGGACAACAGGCCAGUCCCCCCCUCCAAGCCCCCGGCAACCACCAUUCCACUCUCUGUUUCUGAGUGUGACUUUUUUUUUUUUUUUUUAAAGAUUCUACGUAUAAGUGA